CUCGCACUUCUGUGUCUUAAUCUGCGUCAGAUUUUUUCAGUUAAAUGUCCGUUUCCGGAAAAGAGGAUGUUUAUGAAAGCGAGGAUCUGCCAGAAUCUGAGCAGUUUCUUGCGGGAUUCAAUGCACGUACAAACGAAGAAGCAAGUGAUCAGGAAAAUAUUGAAUUGAUACACAUAGACAUUAAUGCGGCUCGUAAGCGCUUUAAGGACAGCACAUUGAACACCCGAAACAUAGACUUUUCUGACUCCAUCGCGAGGAGGCGAGGUAAAUCUUAUGGAAGUACACAAUACGUGUUGGAGGUUGUUGGCAAAGAAUUUGCUGAACCGGAGACUGCUGAACAGAAAUACAACAGACUGGCUUGUGAGAUUGAUGAACUGGCACAGCAACUGAAGGAUGAAACGGUAAAGCCUACCCUCACUGUGAACGAGACUUCUCUUGCUGAUCUUACGGAUGAGUUGAAGUCUGUGAAAGUUUCCAAAUCAUCGGGAGCUGCCGUACAACCGACCGGCAAAGAAGGAGCCGCACCAAACGUAGACAAGUCUUCGAAUGCAAAACUUCUCUCCUUGGAGCAACGCAUUCGCCGAAUUGAGUCGUUGGUUGGCACGUAUGAUCCAGCUCGACAGUCCAUUGCAGACGCUGUUGAAGAUAUACGCUUCCGACUCGAGGCACUCAAUCCGACUUACAUUGAAGGAAUGGAGACGAAACUGAAUGCAUUGAUCUCAAAACUUGACCAGGUUGAGGAUAAAAAGCAAAAGUCAAUAGACGGCGAAAUGGAGUCAAAAGUGAACGAUUUACUCGAACUCAUGAGUAAAUGGGAUGUCGCUUGCGUUGCUAUGCCUAGUAAUCUCAAAAAGCUGCAAGGAUUGCAUCGAUUACAUGAACAAGCUCAACAUUUUUCGGAAAGGCUUUCACAAUUGGUUGGGGUACGUGAUCAGAUAGAGAAAGCCAUUGCCGCUGAUCGUAUGGCUAUAUGCGAACUUCAGGUCAAAGCAAAAGAGGACAUCAAUGCAGUACUACAGCAGAUUAGUUCCCUCGAGGAGCGAUUGCAGAAAGCUAAGAUUCAAAGACUAGCUCAGCACUAUUGCGCAUAUAAUAACCCUAUUUACCUUGAAUACUGCAGUGUAUUGCUGUUGAACAUCGUUUAUGUAUCGCCAUUGGCACAGGCAUCUCCUCUUGACCCCCUUCGACGUUUCCAUAUUCAGGUACAUGGCUUCAUUUUCCUUAACGAAAUGCGUAGUGUAGUGGGGGCUGAUAUUAUUUUGGAGACAGGCGAUAGUCGAGUAGAAGCUGGUACUGCCCAGAAAGGCGCUGUUGGAUCUGUUAUCUAA